UUCGUGGAGGCUCCAACUAAAAUGGCGCUGGUUGAUCGUGGCGUUGUUCGGAAGGCUGCAGGAUGAUCGUUUCUCCGUGUUUGGACACCGUAUCGGCACCUAAAUUACUAAGCCGCUCUUCAUCAUGGCCUCAAAAGAGUCGAAAACAGUCAGCAACCUUUCGCCGGAGUCCAUGAAGGUCAUUGCUGAAUCAAUCGGAAUUUCGAAUUUACCCGAUGAAGCGGCCAAAGAGCUUGCCGACGAGAUCACAUACCGUCUCAAAGUUAUAGCUCAGGAUGCCAGCAAAUUUAUGGGACACGCGAAACGAAGAAAACUGUCCACCUUCGAUUUCGACAACGCGCUCAAAAUGAAAAACGUCGAGCCACUCUAUGGGUUCCAUUGUCCAGACUAUGUGCCUUUUCGAUAUGCCAGCGGUGGUGGGCGGGAGCUCUUCUUUGUUGAAGAAAAGGAGCUGGAGCUAAACGAAGUCAUCAAUUCCCAGUUGCCUAAACUCCCGCUGGAUGUUUCCAUAAAAGCUCAUUGGCUGAGCAUAGAAGGAAUCCAACCUACAGUACCCGAGAACCCUCCACCUGUUUCCAAGGACCUGCAACGUGUGGAGAGCAUUGACCCUGUCACCAAGCUGAGUAAAGUAGUGGUACCUGGCUCCAAGGUACCCGGCCUUCCCAGCAAGCAAGAACGCACCAAGCAUGUUGAGACAGUCAGGGUCAAGCAGCUCGCCACGCAUGAGCUGUCCGUGGAACAGCAACUUUACUAUAAAGAAAUUACAGAAGCCUGUGUUGGAUCUGAUGACUCGCGGAGAGCGGAAGCGCUGCAGAGCUUGGCUUCAGAUCCAGGUCUCCACCAGAUGCUCCCACGGUUAUGCACUUUCAUCUCGGAAGGGGUGAAGGUGAAUGUCGUGCAGAACAAUCUGGCAUUCCUCAUUUACCUUAUUCGGAUGGUCAAGGCAUUGCUGGACAACCAGACCUUGUACCUCGAGAAAUACCUCCACGAGCUGAUACCCUCAGUGGCAACGUGUAUUGUGAGUCGGCAACUGUGCACCAGGCCUGAUGUGGACAACCAUUGGGCACUGCGAGACUUCGCCUCUCGCCUGAUGGCCCAAAUCUGCAAGAACUUCAACACAAGCACCAACAACGUCCAAACUCGUGUGACGCGCAUGUUCAGCCGUGCUCUGCAGAAUGACAAGAUGCCGCUUGCAUCUCACUAUGGGGCUGUCUCGGGGUUGGCUGAACUUGGGCCUGAGGUGGUGCGGUCUUUUGUGCUGCCGCGGGUGCGGGCCUUGGGUGAAAAGCUGCGCCAGGGUCUGGAGGAGCCCGGCGUCUCACCCGUGGACAAGAAGGCAGCUGAGCACAUCAAGCAGCUGCUUUUGAGGGUGCUGGCACCAGUGCUGAAAGCAACGCGGACGCCGCCUGACAAUGCGGAGGAGUACCGGGCAGAGUACGGCUACCUGGGGCACCUGCUGCAUGCACAGGUGGUUAGGGCUCGCAUGCAGCCCACCACCACAACUUCAGUAGCACGCACCACUCUUACAGUUACCCAGCCUUCUCGCCUUCUCCAAGCUGCGCCACGUGCAUCUUCACUAGUUCCCGCACCUCGGGUUCCCACAGCAUCGCUGCCGGGAGCGCCGCAGAAGUACGUAAUUGUUACAUCCAACCCUCCACGUCUGGCAGCGCCAGCAAGCCCGCUUGCCAAUGCUGCCACGGGUGUUGUCAACAACAGCAGCGUCAGCACUAGCACAGUCGCCUCUACGCCAACCCUCGUGAAGAUUGUGACGGCAGCACCAACACCCCAAGGCAACACACUCCAGACUAAGGCGGUCACCUCAACGGCCUCGCUGACCAAAGUGGUUGUGGUCACUAUGGCUCAGCCAACCAAUGUCGCUGUCAAGGGGAUAUUUUCAACGGCAACAUCAUCCGCUGCACAGUUGCAUCACCCAGUAACUACUGUCGCCACCAGCUCAGACUCUGCAGCCACCGCAGCCAUUCAGGUGGCAGAAGUCAAGGAUGAACCUGAGGAAAUAAUGGACCCAUCAUGAGACAGGGAAAAGGCGUGCUUGGACGAUGAUGCUCUUUGUACACUAGUGUGCCCUACAGGGACAUGUUGUGGCAGUUCUUUUUUUUUUUUUUUUCUCAUUCUCGAAUCAUUGUGUACAUACUGAGUGCGAGCGUGAUGUCACUGCCACUGACCAUGCCCUGUCGGUGAUUCAAUUUGAUUUCUCACCGUCAUCCUCCCCUCAAUACUGCUUCCUUAUUUUUCUAAUGACAUCGUAAUUGACAUGUACAGUGAACUCUUCAUUUCAAGGAAACAUAAGGAUGUGUAGUGCUGCACGCUUUUUUUGGCUACACAGGGAAAAUGAGGAGGUGCAAAAGGGCAAUGUGCAUCUUAAGCAACAUUACACAUGUGUAAAGCUUUGUGAAAUGCGUGUAGGAAAAGCUUAUUGCUUGUUUUGGAUGCUUUCUUUCUUUUUCUCUCUCUGUUGAUACAUGUUCAUUCGGAUUUGUAGUUUUGUUUGUGAGGCUGGAAUUGUACAGUAAUGGGUACUUUUGGUGGGCUAAGAGUGCCUGUUGUAAAUCACAGAGUUGAAAAAAAAAAAAAAAAGGCGGUGGUGGUAGGGUUGGCAAGGAUAGUAAGAACAAGUAAAUUUUUUUUGUUGCAAAAUGAAUUCUGCUGCCUGUGCAAACUGGAUACUUCCUAAUAUCCGAAAGAAUGUUUGGAGAUAAGCAGGUUCUCUUUACCUGUUCAUCAUACUAUGUAGAUAAAAGAAUGAGCUGUAAUGGGUCGGCUACUUUUUGUUCACAUUGCUUGCUUGACUUUUGUGACUGCUAAUUGCUGUCUUGUUGGACAGAGCCUCUUUGUUCGUAACUUUCAGAUAUGUGAUUGUGUUCUGAUGACAGGAAUUGAGAGCUGUUGGAAAUUCCAUUUCGAAUCAUUGCUGCGGCUGGUUUUCAUUGCCGGCUGAUAGGUACAGUCGCUGCAGCAGUCAGUGUUCAUGUCCACAGGACUCAAUUGCCAAAGAGCCGACAGCACUCGUCAUCAACUCAGUUGCUGCGAUGCUUUGAAUGUUUUUGUGUUGCAGAUGUAGGUGUUCGAUUUCUGCCUUACCUGCAUUUCAUCUUGUGUAUAUGUGUUUGGGAAUUAUUUUUGGGGGCUUUUUACAUCACACUGCAUAAAGCAUGGACGCUACCUUUUUCAUCAAGACAGCAUUGGAGUUUGUCGUAAAUGUUUGCAUCUUGCCACUGUAAAAAAAAAAGAAAAAGAAAAAAAAAUGCUGAUGACAUCAAACUUUCAACAUCACUUGGCGCCAUGUUAUAAAUACGUUUGAUAAUGAUGCCUGUGUGCCAUGUCAUUGAGUUCAUGAGGUAUAUUCUGACCUAUCAAUCACGAUGCACAUGGAGACAGCACGAAGAUGCUGUAUUCUUUUUCAUCGAAACUAAUGAAAUUUGUGCCAAGUAAAUUUCUAUUAGUACCUG